AGGGUUAAAAAAGGCCAUUAUUUUGGGGCUUUUCCUCUUGUUUUGUAAUCGGCGACGUAUACAAUUUCAGAUCGGCUCCAAACGUAUCAAUCGUUUCAACUUUCACCAUCCCCAUUAUUGAAUCGACUGUAUCUCUAAUCAAUCCUGAUCCUAAAAUGAUGAAUUCGCCACCUGGUUUGUCGAAAAGGAAACCGGGUCGUCCUCCUAAGCAUAGAUCUGAUUCUGAGCCUCUUUCUUCUUCACCAGGACUGGGUAAUGACAGUGUUGCAGUUCCAUCACCUCCACCAACUGAGAACUCGGCAGCGACGGCGAAAAGAGGCCGUGGUCGUCCACCGAAGGUUGGCGCUACCACCGGUGGUCAUAUAACUGUAUUUGGUGGUGGUGAAACUCAGGCUGUCGAGACGCCAUCUGAGAAUUCUUCACGCGAACCUAAAAUGAUGUCAGGAACGAUGGGUAGUAAGAGGGGUCGUGGUAGACCGAGGAGGAUCGGAAUCGGAACGGUGACUGUACCGUUAUCUGGAAAUGUGCUCCGGCGAAGAGGAAGACCGAAGAAGAGGGAUGGAAGAUCAAAUGUGGCUGCUAAUGGCGGUGCCGGCGAUCGUGGAUUGGGUUCAAGGUCUAGUCGGCGUUCUGCCAUCAACAUUGCGAAAUUGAUUGGAAAAACUCUGGGAAAACCUAACAAGGUUGGAGCUGGGACAGCGAUUGUAGUGACAGAUCCACGUCAGCUUGUGGUUUAUCAAGAAUUGAAGACCAAAUAUGACCUUCUGCAAUCAAAAGUGAAGGAAGUGGUGAAUGUGAUUAAGCCGCAUAUAGACUAUGAAAACCCUGCUUUUAAGGUGAUACAAGAGGUUGAAGCCAUGGAAGAUAUGUGAUUGAACCGGAUCUUGAAAAUUAAGGCAACCAAAAAGAUCUUUUUGCUUAAAAGUUAGAUGUAAAUAAGGUUGUGUUUGACACGUAUUAACUAGCUUAUUGAAACUUUAUGUUUGGUUAACUCACAAAAGUAGCUUCUAAUAGUUGUAAACUAGUAUACCAAUGUUUUAAAAAUGAUUUCCGUAGUACUUAUUAACCUAGCUUCUUUUGGCUUAA